AUGAGCGCGACGUCACUUCCGACCGCACGGUAUUAUGGGACAUGUAGUCAGGAAGAGAACUACAUGUGUUUAGGGUUUGCUAGCAAUAGGAUGAAGCCCUAUAUUGGGCUAAUAGGGAAGGGGAGUGGCCGAGGACCGGAAGGGGGAGUGGCCGAGGGACGGCUAAAAAAGGGGCUGAUGAGGAAGGAAAUGAUGGCGGCGGCCAUCUUGGUUGGGGAAUAA